GUCUUUCACGCGCCACCGUUUUCCCUCCCUCUAUUCUCUUUUCAUUUCACUGUUCCUUCAUUUCCACCACGCUUCCCCCUUCCAUAACACUUUUUCAUUUUCCUCUUUGGCCUUUUAUUCAUCCCUUUCUUUCAAUUCAUUCAGUUCUCUGCAUUCACUUUUUCAAUUCCAUGUGUGAGAUUAUUGCUUUCUAAUGGCUGAGACCACAAAAUUCAUUCCCAACUCACAAUUAGAGCUUGAAGAGAUAUUGCAAGAAGCAUCACAUCGUUGGCUUCGACCUGUUGAAAUAUGUGAGAUACUUCGGAACUAUAAGAAGUUUAAGUUAACACCAGAUCCACCUAUUAGGCCUCCAGCUGGAUCAGUAUUCCUGUUCAAUAGAAAAGCACUUCGUUAUUUUCGCAAGGAUGGUCACAGGUGGAGGAAGAAAAAAGGUGGGAAGACUGUAAGAGAAGCUCAUGAAAAGUUGAAGGUUGGUAGUGUGGAUGUCUUGCAUUGUUACUAUGCCCAUGGAGAGGAUAAUGAAAACUUCCAACGAAGAAGUUUUUGGAUGCUUGACCAGCAGUUAGAGCACGUUGUCCUUGUUCAUUAUCGUGAAAUUAAAGAGGGUUGCAAAUCUGGCAUCUCUCCUUUUCCGGUAGUUCCAGUAACCCUGGUUGGUAGCUCUCAAAAUAGUUCAGUGCUUUCCUCUACCAGAACAAAAACACCAAUAUCUGUAGUUCAAACAUCUUUCACAUCAAGUGCAAAUAAAGUGGAUCAGAAUGGACACUCUUCAGAGUAUGAGGAUGUCAAUUCAAAAGAUGGUCCUCAAGCCUCCUCUCAUGCUCAGCCUAUCAGCAAUUCCAUAAUUCACAGUUCACCUUCUUUUACACAUGAAGUUGCUGGGUUUUCUGAGUUGGUGAGGAACCCCUUGAUUUCAACGUUGUCAUCUACUUUCCCUAGCUAUUCUCCUGGUACUGUCUUCUCUCAGAGGACGUUAGCUCAGAAUUCUUGCAGAAACAAAAUUUAUAUGCAUGAUGAAAGACAUCAUAAUGAAGGAUCUGUUGAAAGCUCGGAAGCUGACUUCACUGUUCAUCUACUAAACAAGGCUAAGAUAGAUGCUGUUAACAAAAUGCAAGAUGGUGUAAUUUUCAGAGAUAGCCACAUGUACAUCCAACAAGUUGAAGAAAAUUUACUGACUGUUGGUCAGGUGCAAAACGAGGAUGGUCUAGAUACAUUCUGUGCUCAAUUAUAUGAUCAUAAUGAUCAUCCAAUUGUUGCAACUACCAAAGCGCUAGUUGAACAGAAACUUAAAGAUGGGGAAUCAAAACAGGCUGAAACUGGGGAAAUCAAGAAACUUGAUAGUUUUGGAAGGUGGAUGGAUAAGGAGAUUGGUGGAGACUGUGAAAAUUCCUUGAUGGCUUCAGAUUCUAGUAAUUAUUGGAGUACACUUGGUGCACAUAAUGAGGAUAAGGAGGUAUCUAGUUUACAACACAUACAGUUGGAUAUGGAUUCAUUAGGCCCUUCUCUUUCCCAAGAGCAACUAUUUAGUAUCCAUGACUUUUCUCCAGAGUGGGCAUAUACUGGGGUUAGAACAAAGGUUUUAAUAGUUGGCACAUUUAUCGGAAGUAAAAAGCCCUCUAGUGAAACCAAAUGGGGAUGUAUGUUUGGUGAAAUUGAGGUUUCUGCUGAAGCUUUAGCAGGUAAUGUGAUACAGUGUCAGACUCCUUUGCACUCAUCUGGCCGUGUACCAUUCUAUGUUACCUGCAGUAAUAGGUUAGCUUGCAGUGAGGUCAGGGAAUUUCAAUUUGAUGAACAUCCAACCAAAUGUUUAGGUCCUUUGGGUAUUAAAAUCUCACCAGAAGUUGAGGUCCGACUUCAAAUACGACUUCUUAAACUAGUAGACUUGGGAUCUGACAAUAAUUUGUUGAAGUGCUCUGUUUCUGGUUGUGAAAAAUGUAAACUCAAGGGAAUAAUGUAUUCCAUGAGAGGUGAUAGUGGAGUAUUUAAAGAAACUUUCCAGAUUGAUGGAAUUGAUCAUAUAAACCCUAGAGAUGUACUAUUUCAGAGAUUAAUGAGAGACAAGCUUUAUGAGUGGUUGAUAUACAAGGUUCAUGAAGGAGGAAAAGGAUCACAUGUGUUGGAUGCUGAGGGCCAAGGAGUAAUACAUUUAGCAGCUGCACUUGGUUAUGUGUGGGCUAUGGCCCCGUUGGUUGCUGCUGGUAUCAGUCCUAACUUCAGAGACAAUCGUGGAAGAACAGGACUCCAUUGGGCUUCGUAUUUUGGGAGAGAAGAAACUGUUAUUGCUCUUGUCAAAUUAGGCGCAGCACCAGGUGCUGUUGAGGAUCCAACGUCAGCACUUCCUCCAGGUCAAACAGCUGCUGAUUUAGCUUCAAGUAGAGGACAUAAAGGCAUUGCUGGGUAUUUGGCCGAGGCAGAUCUGAUAAAUCGAUUAUCUAUACUGACUGUCAAGGAAAAUGAGACUGGUAACAUUGCCACAACCAUAGCAACUGACAGUGCUUUUCAGUCUGUUGAAGAUGAUUCGUCUAAUUUGACAAUUUAUGAGCAGCACUACCUCAAAGAGUCCCUUGCUGUGUUUCGAAAAUCAGCUCAUGCAGCUGCUUCAAUCCUAGCAGCCUUUAGAGCAAGGUCAUUCUGUCAGAGACAAUUAGCCAAAAGUGGAAGUGAUAUUUCAGACUCAGUACUUGACAUAGUUGCCGAUUCUUUGAGCAAGGUACAGAACAUGUAUCACUUUGAGGAUUAUUUACAUUUUGCAGCCUUAAAGAUUCAAAAGAGAUAUCGUGGAUGGAAAGGAAGAAAGGACUUUUUGAAGAUACGCAACCGCAUUGUAAAAAUCCAGGCUCACAUCAGAGGACACCAAGUUCAAAAGCAAUACAAAAAAGUUGUGUGGUCUGUUAGCAUUGUGGAAAAAGCAAUACUUCGUUGGAGACGGAAAGGAGCUGGUCUGCGAGGAUUCCGGGGAGGGCAGCCGGUUGGCAUUGAUGAAUAUGACUUUCUUAGCGUUGGGAGGAGACAGAAAUCAGAUGAUGUAAAGAAAGCUCUCGAUAGAGUCAAGUCCAUGGUUCGUAACCCUGAUGCAAGGGAUCAGUAUAUGAGGCUCAUCAUGAAAUACCAGAAUUUUAAGAUUGAUGAUCGCGGAAGCACUCAAUCACGUGUCGAUUAGACUCCAGAGGAAGGAAAAAGCAAUACUGAGCACUUUUUGUUUAUAACAGGUACUACAUACAGGUAUACUUUUUAUGUAAAUAGCAUCUAACAAAGUUUCUAGUGUAUAUGGAAGUUCGGAUAAUUUGAAACGUGGAAGAAAAUUCAGGAAAACGAAGGUAGGAAUGUAUAUUAGUAGAUUGAAUUGACUUGUAGAACAUGGGAUGGUCGCUAUAAUAUUACUUUUUAUUUAUAUGUUGUAUGCAACUGCAAUUCGUUUGUUUUAA